CAAAUGCGCGUUCACGGGACUUCCAUGGAGCGCGCGCAUUAAUUGGCGACGAGUGGACGUUUGCACGCGACUUUUGAGUGAGUGGUUUGUUAGUGAAGACGCAGAGGCGGUGUUUUUCUCUCCAAAUCGUGAUUAUUAUCAUUUUUUUUUAUCACUACUAUUAGUACAUGAAGAGAAAAAGCAAAAUGGAGGCUGCCAUUGAUUUCAAAUCCCUCAGGGCCAAGUUUCAGGAGGGGAGCCAUAUGAAAGACCGGCCUGUAGUUCUGGAUAAACCAAAACGUUUGCCACCUAUAACAAUUCGUUCCAGUUCUUUACCUAUUUCCGCAUUAGAGGAAAAUAGUCCAGCCACCCUACCCUUCAACUUAAGAGAUGACCAAAAGAUGCUCUCUGGCAAACGACCCAGUGUUGUGCAGUCUUCUUUUUUUCCACCAGAUGCAAACGGUGUUGGAUGUGGAGUUUCGAGACGCUCACUCAAAGAUCGCCACUUGCCUCUUGUGCUGCCCACAUUUUCUUCCUCUUCUUACAAUCCAAAGCAAGAGGCCAGUGCUCCUACCAAGCUGGUCACGUCACCGAUCAAGUGCAAAAAGAAGGCCAUGCCGACACCAUUCAAGCCUGCCAAGUUUACUAAGUCAAUUAAGGACAUUUUGGAAAAUGCCGAACAUCCUGUACACGGUAAGUCUGAUCGGUACACUGUGGAGAAUGGAUUCAGCCAUCAAAAUGGGGGGUCAAACUCGGGUUCUUCCUGUCCGAGCCCAGAGUAUCCAUCUACGCCUUCGCCUACAUCUGAAGAUUCAUCCAGUGUAGGAAGUGUUCCUCAUGUCCUUAGCACUCUGGAGAGAGCCAAGAAAAAGUUCUCACCCAAGAAUCUCCUGGUCUAUACCCGACCCAAGAGCUUCUACUCCAGUAAAGGACUGUCGGAGAGCCCUCCUCUUCCUCCUCCUCCUGUAGAGUAUGAAAACCUUCAGUGUGAUGCAGAAUCUUUAUCUCUCAGGUCAGGACAUCAACCUACUAACUCCCCAACAUUCACUGCCCGAUGUCUACCACAACCCAACGGUAUACACCAGAGACCAGGACCUGUUUUGCACCUAAAUGGUGAUAUGAAGCCUGUAUGGCCUGGUGUCCAUGUCCCUCCUCUUAUUAAAGCUUUGCCAGACAUAACUUCAAUGGGGUCCCUGCCCAAGAAACCACCAAGACCACCACAUGUUGAUUUGAGCACUUAUAGGACCCAUGAGCUGGAAAACAUAACUGAAAAUGCCCCCAUGACACUGGCUCCUUGUUCUGAAGCUGUGGAUGCUGAGAAUCCACCAACACCAACGCCUCCACCUCCUCAGUUUGAUGCUCCUCACUUCCUGGAGUUUGCCAGUUCUGUAUUAGAAGCUUUUAACACCAACGAAAUAAAUCUUGCUGCUCUGGAGAUGGAGCCUACAGACAUCACUGCCCCGCUAUCUGGACCAGAAGAGGAGAAUUAUAGCAGUCGUCACAACAUUGUGAACCAGAAUCAUGGUACAGGUCCUCAGGACCUGGGAGAUGCUUAUCUACAGAGAUCCAGUUUAGGAUAUGUGGCUGAUUCCCAGUCAGUCUCAGCAUGUGACUCUCCUCAACAGGAAGCUGUAACUGCUGAGACAUCGAUGACUGUUCCUCAUAACAUACUGACCAAUUCCCAUGUCAGCAAUGAAGUUCCGUCUGAACCAAGCAUCACGCAGAGGGACGAUCAUUACGAAGUCGGUGAUAAUGUCUACGAAGAGGUGGAGUUGAUCAGCAAAUUCAAUUUUGGACAAAACUCUCGCAAACGGAAAGGUGCUCCAAAGAAUCCCUAUGCAGAGUCAAUGGCUAAGGAGGAAGCGGGCAAGAGUGUGUGCCAUGUCCAACAGGGGGUUAGUGUGACUUCUGAACCCAGUGGUGUGACCCCUGCUGUCUGGGACAGUGGUGCAUCAGUCAGGAAGGAGCGCUGGAGCCCUGACCACCAUGACGAGAAAGAGGCUCGGAAGAGAGAGAAGCAGCGUCUGGAGCGAGAGAAGAAAGAGCAGAAAAAGGAAAACGAGAUGAAAAAGAAGUUUAAAAUCACCGGACAGGAGGAGCCCAUGUAUCAUGCUCGCGUGUUGCUGGCCAGCAAACUGCGCAAACACGACCUGCAGGUGAAGAGCGGAGACACGGUCAGCAUCAUCCGCACCACCAACUGCCCCAAGGGCAAAUGGCUGGCCAGGGACUCGCAGAACAAGUAUGGUUAUAUUUCAGUGAUGAAUGUGGAGUUGAAUAUGAAGGAGAUGUUGGAGUUGGGGAAGCGAGCCUCACAGGCUAUCGGGAGAGGACACGGCGAGGCAGACACUCUCAGUCUCAGCAGCAGGUCAUCGCAAUACAACCCGGUUCUCACAAGCAGCUUCACUGAUGACAGUGAGGAGUGGACCCCUGAUGAUGAAGAAACCCUGUCUCAUUUUGCGGAUAACUCGUGUCCAAACAGAGCGGUCUCGUUGCCUGACAUGUUUAACGCCUUGGGCAGUGACCAGCAUGCUCCGAAUGCAGACAGUGUGGAGGACAUCCCCUCACAAGUGAAUCAUGAAGCUCUCCAGAAGCUUGCAGUUUUCUUCCAGAACACCAGAGAUGAUCUGAACACUGUGGCAGAAAUCCCUGACCCCCUUUCUACAAGCAUUAACGCUCCAGGUUUGCCGUGUGACAUGGACGAGCCUCCGUAUGUCGAAGAGGACCAGUACAGUUUCACAGACGUCGAGCUGCUGCCUCCUCCUGAACUCUACGCCGACUACGCAUGAGCCGUCAACUCAUGUUUUUCUUUACUGGACAGCUGAAAAAUGAGGUCAGUGCAUGCAAACCCUGACCUUUUGUGCUCCUGUUAAACCCAAAACCACUGGAUCUCCACACUGCUCGUGUUAUUUUAUUUCUUUCAGACUCCAGAAUCCUGUCAUUAUUCAGGAAAUACAGUCCCUGAACUCUUCUA